AUGACUACACCCACUUUCAAGCUUGUGUUGGUUGGUGACGGUGGUACCGGAAAGACUACUUUUGUCAAGCGCCACCUUACUGGUGAGUUCGAGAAGAAGUACAUUGCCACCCUUGGUGUCGAAGUCCACCCUCUCGCCUUUACUACCAACCUGGGUCAAAUCCAGUUUGACGUCUGGGAUACCGCUGGUCAGGAGAAGUUUGGUGGUCUCCGUGAUGGAUACUACAUCAACGGACAGGCUGGUAUCAUCAUGUUCGAUGUUACCUCCCGUAUCACCUACAAGAACGUGCCCAACUGGCACCGUGAUCUCGUCCGUGUCUGCGAGACCAUCCCCAUUGUUCUGUGCGGUAACAAGGUCGACGUGAAGGAGCGUAAGGUUAAGGCCAAGACCAUCACCUUCCACCGCAAGAAGAACUUGCAGUACUACGACAUCUCCGCUAAGUCCAACUACAACUUCGAGAAGCCCUUCCUUUGGCUCGCUCGCAAGUUGGUCGGAAACGCCCAGCUGGAGUUCGUUGCCCAGGCUGCUCUCGCUCCCCCCGAGGUUACCGUCGACCAGGCUCAGCUCGAGCAGUACCGCCUCGAGAUGGAGGCUGCUGCCGAGCAGCCCCUGCCCGAUGAGGACGACGCCGACCUGUAA